UCUCUCAUGGCUCCCUGACGUUGUUUCCAUAAUACUCUCUGGAACGCAUAAGAAAUUUCCAGUACCCCUUUAUCCCCCUAUAUUCCCUUUGAAGAUUGAUUUGAUUUAUGAAGUAAAGUCUUUUUAUUUCUGCUGAAAAUGAGUGUUGUUGGGUUUGAUUUUGGCAAUGAGAGCUGCAUUGUUGCUGUUGCAAGGCAAAGAGGAAUUGAUGUUGUGCUUAAUGAUGAAUCAAAGCGUGAAACUCCAGCUAUUGUUUGCUUUGGGGACAAGCAGAGGUUCAUUGGUACUGCAGGGGCAGCAUCUUCUACAAUGAACCCUAAGAAUUCAAUUUCUCAGAUCAAACGGUUAAUUGGCCGUCAGUUCUCAGAUCCCGAGUUGCAAAGAGAUCUGAAGUCAUUGCCCUUUAAUGUCACUGAGGGCCCUGGUGGUUAUCCUUUGAUUCAUGCUCAGUAUUUAGGUGAAAUAAGAGCUUUUACCCCAACCCAAGUUUUGGGAAUGGUUUUUUCGGAUUUGAAAAGCAUAGCUGAGAAAAAUCUGAAUGCAGCUGUGGUGGAUUGCUGCAUUGGAGUUCCUGUUUACUAUACUGAUCUUCAAAGAAGAGCAGUCUUAGAUGCUGCCACAAUAUCAGGCUUGCACUCGCUUCGCUUGAUUCAUGAAACUACAGCAACAGCAUUGGCUUAUGGUAUUUAUAAAACUGAUUUACCUGAAAAUGAUCCAUUAAAUGUUGCCUUUGUUGAUAUUGGACAUGCUAGCAUGCAAGUCUGUAUUGCUGCCUUCAAGAAGGGGCAACUCAAGAUCUUGUCUCAUUCGUUUGACCGCUCUUUGGGUGGUAGGGAUUUUGAUGAAGUUCUGUUUAAGCAUUUUGCUGCAAAAUUUAAAGAGGAAUACAAGAUUGAUGUCUUCCAGAAUGCUAGGGCUUGUAUUAGGCUUCGGGCAGCUUGUGAGAAGCUAAAGAAGGUACUUAGUGCCAAUCCUGAGGCUCCUUUGAAUAUUGAGUGUUUGAUGGAUGAGAAGGAUGUUAGGGGUUUCAUCAAGAGAGAGGAGUUUGAGAAGAUCAGUGCUCCGAUUUUUCAACGUGUGAAAAGACCACUUGAGAAAGCUCUUGCUGAUGCUGAACUUGCUGUUGAAAAUGUUCAUAUGGUUGAGGUUGUUGGCUCAGCCUCUCGUGUUCCUGCUAUGCUGAAAAUCCUCACAGAGUUCUUUGGUAAAGAGCCUAGGCGCACAAUGAAUGCUAGUGAAUGUGUUGCAAAAGGUUGUGCUUUAGAAUGUGCAAUUCUCAGUCCCACAUUCAAAGUUCGAGACUUUCAGGUCAAUGAGAGCUUCCCAUUCCCAAUCUCACUAUCAUGGAAGGGUUCUGGUCCAGAUGCUCAGACUGGUGGAGCAGAACAACUGGUUUUUCCAAAGGGAAAUUCGAUUCCCAGUGUCAAGGCUGUGACAUUACACAAAUCUAGUACUUUCACUGUUGAUGUCCAGUAUUCUGAUGUUAGCGAUUUGCAGGCCCCGGCAAAGAUCAGUACCUACACGAUUGGCCCUUUUCCAACAAUAAGAAAUGAACGACCAAAAUUGAAGGUCAAAGUUCGUCUGAAUUUGCAUGGGAUUGUGUCCCUCGAGUCGGCAACACUCUUGGAAGAGGAGGAAGUUGAAGUUCCGGUUUCAAAGGACCCUCAAAAGGAUGAUUCUAAGAUGGAGACUGAUGAACCACCAAGUGGUACUUCUGCUCCUAGUGCCAAUGAGACGGAUGUUAACAUGCAAGAUGCCAAGGGUACAGCUGAUACUGCAGUGACUGAAAAUGGUGUUGCUGAGCCUGGUGACAAGCCUGUGAAAAUGGAGACUGAUACUAAAGUUGAAGUUCCCAAGAAGAAGGUGAAGAAAACAAAUGUGCCAGUGGCAGAGUUGGUCUAUGGUGCAAUGUUAGCUGCAGAUGUUCAAAAGGCAGUAGAGAAGGAAUUUGAAAUGGCUUUGCAAGACAGGGUUAUGGAAGAAACCAAGGAUAAAAAGAAUGCUGUUGAGGCUUAUGUAUAUGACAUGAGGAAUAAGCUUAGUGAUAAAUACCAUGAUUUUGUUACUGCUCCGGAGAAGGAAGAGCUUAUGGCUAAGCUUCAGGAAACUGAGGAUUGGCUGUAUGAAGAUGGAGAGGAUGAAACAAAGGGUGUAUAUGUUGCCAAGCUUGAAGAGCUUAAGAAGCAAGGGGAUCCUAUUGAAGAACAUUACAAGGAGUAUACCGAGAGGGAAAUUGUCAUCGAUCAACUUGCUUACUGUAUUAACAGUUACAGGGAGGCUUCCGUGUCCAAUGAUCCCAAAUUUGAUCACAUUGAAAUUGCUGAAAAGCAAAAGGUGUUGAAUGAGUGCGUGGAAGCCGAGGCCUGGCUGAGAGAGAAAAAACAACAGCAGGACCAACUUCCCAAGUAUGCCACUCCAGUUCUCUUGUCUGCUGAUGUGAGAAAAAAAGCUGAAGCACUAGAUAGGUUUUGCAGGCCGAUAAUGAUGAAACCUAAGCCAGCUAAACCAGCCACACCUGAAACACCGGCAACCCCACCACCCCAGGGAAGUGAGGUUCAGCCCCAGGGUGCAGAUACCAAUGCUAACCCAAAUGCAAGCCCCAACUGCAACAAUGCGCCUGGUGAAAAUUCAUUCCCAGGCAGCGGUGAGGCACCUCCGGCUUCUGCAGAACCAAUGGAAACCGACAAGUCGGAGGGUGUUUCUAGUACUGCAUAAAUCAUUAGCUUGGUUGGUGUGCGUUCUUAUGUUGACCACUAUUUUCGAGAGAGCUUGAGACCAACUCUUGAUCCGCUUGGAUAGGUUAUCGGGUGUGUUAUGUAGGGUCAUAAUUUCGAAUUCGUAAAGCCCUUCACUUUGCAUUGCUUGCCGAGAUUUGUUUUUAUUAAGACCGAGUCAAUAGAAUCCUGGUUUUUAUCAAAGAUGCUUUUCAAGAGAAAAAAAUAUACCCCUAUUAUUAUGGUUUCCUUGCUCACAUUGUUUUUGUUAGUGGGAGGUUAGAAGUUUACACUUGCAAAGGAUAUACCAAGUGCUAAAUGUUUAGGAUUUUGUGGUGGGUAAGUGUCAACAAUUCUGCUGUGGGUACUGUUAUUGGAUUUUCUUCAAUUCGGAUUUCACUUAA